AUGACUGAUUUGAACUCACAACUCAACUAUUCCGCAUCUCUACACUACCAACAACAACAUCAACAAUAUCAAAACUCAUUACAGAAACUACAGGCUAAUUUAAAAGAAAAAGCUGUGAUGAAUAAUGACCCAAAUUUAUUAAUUAAUAUCCCCCUUGAUGGUAAUCAUGAUCAUAAUUUAACACCUGCUCAAGCACAAGCCCAAGCUGCUGCUAAUGCUGCUGCCCAGGCUCAAGCUGCUGGUGGUACUCCUGGUGCUGGAGGAGUUCCUGGUCCUGGUGGUGUUCCUGCCCCUGGUAUUGCAUGGAAUUCAAAUUUUAAUAAUAAUGGAUUAUUUAGUGAUACAUUAUCACCAUUUUUUGCACCAUAUGGUAUAGAUGUUUCACAUUUCCCAUUAACAAAUCCACCAAUCUUUGAAAGUUCAAUGAUGAUGAAUAAUCAUGGACAACCAAGAAGAAGAAUUUCAAUUUCAAAUGGUCAAAUUGGUCAAAUUACAACACAUUCAAUUAAUGAUGAAGAUUUAUAUGAUUCUCAACCUCCUCCUCUACCCAAACAAACUUCUCAAGAUGAUUCUGGAUUAAAUCAUCAACAACAAUUAUUGUAUAAUCAAUUAAAUUUGGAUUCAAGUGCUGGUGAUUCACAAGUUGCUCCACAUUUAUUAGGUGGUGCGCCACCUCAACAAACACCUCAACAUCAACAGAUUCCACCACAACAACAACAACAUCAACAACACCAUCACCCACAACACCAACAACAACAACAAAUUCAUCAAGUUCCUCAACAUCCAAAUUCUGUACCACCUCCACUCCCACAACAACAACCAACACCAAAUAUUAAACAAGAAUUACCAUAUCAAAGUGGAGGAUCAGGAAUUCCAAAUCAUAAAUUAGUUUAUAACAAUGAAGUUAUAUUUAAUCCAGAUGCAGGACCAAUCCCAGGAACAGCAGCAUGGAAAAAGGCAAGAUUAUUAGAAAGAAAUCGAAUUGCUGCAUCAAAAUGUAGACAAAGAAAAAAAGCUGCCCAUAUUCAAUUAAAAGAAGAUGUUGAAAAAUAUCAAUCACAAAUUAAUAAAUUAAAGAGUGAAAAAAGAAUCUUGUUUGAAUCUUUAGUUUAUUUGAAAAACAAUGGGGUUGGUAAUGGAAAAGAAUUGAAUAAAAUUUUUGGAAAAUUGAAUGAUAUUACUCAUCCUGAUAAAGAUGAUGAAGAUACUAAAUUUGAUGAAGAUCAAGAUGAAGAUCAAGAUGAGGAAUAG